AUGAGUAAGUUUUAUGGAAGAUUUUUCACCUGAACUUACAUAAUCUAUUAAUUAAUUAAAUCGAUAUUCUUGUCAUAAUUUAUAUUAUAUUUAUAUAUAUAUACAUAUUAUGUGUGCUUAUUGCUUAGGCAGGUAAUCUUUUAGGUUUUUUGAGUUUGUUUAAUCUUGUAUUUCGUUGUUCAUAUAUAGAUUUUAAAAUAGUUUUUAAGUAAGUAAGGUAAAUCGUUUUUGUUUUUAUUGCCUAUAUAGGUAUAUAUUUCAUUUACAGUUUUUUGUUUUACCUUUUGUACUUACUGCGUAUCUAGUUUUUUCAUUGUUAUAUUAUUUCGGAAGCGUAACAAAGAAUGUAUAGAUUUUAUAAUAUUUUUUUUUUUUUUAUGUGAACAAUUUUUCUACCAGAAAUUUGCUCCCAUGUAUCAAGUAUAGCAUUUUUUCUGAUAGGAAAUUUUAUCUACUUGGUACUUUAGGGAAGUAAUUUUUUGAUUUUCCGAACGUAGGAAAACAGAAAAAUUGUACAGAUUGUACAAUUUAAAUUUUGUUUUUUUAUUAUAAUAUAGUUAAAAAUAUUUGUAGGGAUUUAAAAUUCGGACAGAAAACUUGUAUUUGCCUUUCCUAGACAUGGUAACAUUUUUAAAACAUUUGAAUUAGUUUUUAGUUAUUUAUAGACAUUUUUAUGUUACGUGUUUUUUAUGUAAUUUUUAUUCGAUAGAUACUCUGUAGAUAAGUUAUUAGAUUAAAUAGAAAUGCAUGGAAAUUUAACAGAAGGUUUAUAAUAAGUCGUACUGUAUUAAAAACAAAAAUUUUAAAUAUAGUAUAGAUAUUGUUUUAUUUCUAAGAAUUUUAAUAUCAAAUUUUGACAAAAAUGUAAAUAUUACGGCCUUUUAAAGCAUAAUUUAUAUCCAAAUCUCGCUUCGAAUCACAAUGGUUUAACGUUGCUUACAAAUACAAAUUAAAUUCAAUAUUUACUAGUUGCGAUAACCCAAUAAAAAGGUUACCUACUAAUUGCGGUCUUCAUACUAAUUGGUAUAUUUAAACACUUUCUUUCCCCAUUCAUAACAAGACUUAAGAUUGUGUACACUUUUAUUUAUUGAGUAGGUAUGGUCAAAAAUGUUCGUUUUUCUUAUAAAAUUAUUAACUUUUUUUUAUGUAUAUCUAAUAAUUAAAAUAGUAUUUAAAAAUGUCAUUUAAAGGUUUUUUUUAUAUAUAAACUUAUUAAAAUAUUUAAUGUAUAUGUAUUUAUUAAAAUUGUAUUAAUAUUCAAUACUGCAGAUAAAUAGAGGCGUUCCUACAUUUAUUAGUUGUGUAGAUAUAUUAUAUUUUAAAAUAUGCUUACCGUCACAAAAAUGAUAUUGAUAAUUGUUUUAUCGAAUAUCGAGUUUAAAAAAAAAAAAAUUAAAAUCACAUUUUGAAAAUUGUGUGCUUUAAAACUUAUAAUUUUAAGAAAUGUUAAAUUAUCUAAUGAUUCGGACAUUUUAAAGCAUGGUCCCAACUAGGAAAUACACUAUAAAUAGAGUGACCGCAGCUAUUAUAUAUGCUUAUCUCAAAAAUUGCCUUAUACCGUAACUUGUAUGUAGUCAUUGGGAAAGUGGGAUAUUAUAGGGGACUUUAAUUAAUUAAUUGUUAAAUCUACAGAAUUAUUCUAAUAAGGUACUUAAUCUUAUCUUCUAAUUAUCUUCUAUACGUAUACAGAUAAUAUAUAACCUUAAGAAAAUACAUCAAUGCAUAUUAUUUUGUCUCUAUAGUGUAUUUCGUUUGAUAACUAAAAUUGUAUAAGUUGAGAAUUAUCUAGCUAAUAUUUUAUAUUGUGUCUUGCGAGAGUAACUAUAGUACUUUCGGAAUAUUUUAAUGACAAAUUAACCGAAUACAAUUUAAAAAAUUAAGAUAAUGUUUGUAUAAACGAAUUUUCUUAAGGAUAUCUAAUUUUUAACCUUAACAAGUUGUACUACACUCAAAAUACACAUCAUUAAAUAAGAUUAAUUAAAGAUACGUCUAGGAUUUGUACGCUCACAUUUACAUAAUUACGUAUACUUUAUGCAUACACCCAACUUAAACAUUCUCUUUAUUUUACCUUAACUUUGCUCCGUUCCUCUAAAAAUUGCCUCCUAAAAUUAUUUAAAUUUAUCUGCCCUUGAUAUUUUUCCGUCCGGGGUUAUGACUCCUUUGCCCUCUCUAAAUUUUCCACUACACGAGUACAAUAACGAAUUCUUGCAACGGUUGUAGAUGAGUCAAUUUUUAAAUUGCAUUUUGUACUCUCAUUUUUUACACCUACCUACCUACUUUUUGAUUUAGUUUAAUGACUUAUAUUUUAAUUUUGUUUUGUUCUAUACCCAUUUUGUAGUAACUAUUAAAAUACCGAUAUUUUUAAAUAAUUAUUAAUUGGGGAAAGUAAAGUAAUAUAUUAUAUUCUACUAAGAUAAAAUAUAUUAUACCGAUAGGUAUAAUAAUUAUCUUUAAUAUUACAAUUUACUGUAAAACAAAAUGUACCAGAGAAGUGAUGCUCUGGUUAAAUACCUAUUAUAAUUUGUAGGUGUAUGUUUGAAUAGUUGUUUAUUAUAUAUUAUGAUGUAUAAUGUAAGUUUAGUAGUUAAAUAACUUAAUUUAUACAUUUAUCCAAAAUAAAUACUAGGUGCACUAUUUUUUAUUGAUACAGGAAUUUUGUAUUUAAUAUCAAUGGUGGCAUUGUCCAUCGGAUGUUUUGCCGGAAGUGUACAAAAAAACGAUUCGAACCCAAAAACCAAGAGGAAAAUCGGGAAUUCUGUUUACGAAGGGAAACAAUGGGUAGUGUUGGUGACUGGUUCAUCCGGAUGGGAAAAUUACAGGCACCAGGUCACGUAUACCUAUAUGCUUUUUUGAAUUCACCAAUUUCAUGAACAAAAAAAAGAUUUUAUCCUAUUAUUAUUACAUAAAAUGUAUUUAUUUGUAUAGAACUAGAUGUCUGCAUCACUAUACAACACGAUGCGGAUUUAAAAUAUACGUUUUUUAUUUUAUUAAUGCAGGCAGAUAUAUGUCAUGCGUACCAAAUAGUCAAAGCAAACGGAAUACCAGAGGAAAAUAUUAUAACUAUGAUGGUGGAUGAUAUUGCAUAUAAUAAAAAGUAUACAUUUACAUAUUAUUAUAAAUGACUUGAAUUAUAAAAUAAAAUGAUGGCCUAUUUGGGUAUAGGAUCAUUAUAAAUAAUAGCCUAUGUAGACGUUUUCUAUGAAGGUUAUAAUAUCACUUAUAUAUUAAUCAUUAUUCCUUAAUAGUUUAAUGCAAUUUCUUUUUACGUUUUCAUGUAUAAUUAUUGUCUUUACUAAAAGAAAUCCAAUAAAAGGCAAAAUCUACAAUAAGCCUUAUGGUCAUAAUGUAUACAAAGGCGUGAAAAUCGACUACAGGGCGAACGUAAGACACGUUUUUGUUAGCCGAUGAAUAGUUAUUUAACCGAGAUAAACAUGUAUAAAUUACUUGCAAUGUUUAUUUUUCUAUUUUUGCCAGGACGUCAAUAGUACGAAUUUUUUAAACAUCAUCACUGGAAACAAAGAAGCAAUGCAAUCAGUUGGAAGCGGCAAAGUCGUUGAAGGGUACGGAUAAUAAACACUGAAAUUAAAUAAUUAAUCUUUUUACCUAAUUUAACUAUAACAAAUACUGUAUAUGAGAAUAUAUUUUAGGUGGCGACAUUAUUGUCAGUGUCCGCCGGCAUAUGUAUAAUUGCUUAUAUGCCUGUAUGCUUCUAAGAGGAAGGUACACAUGUAUUUGUUGUUUCACGAUAUAGCUAAAACUUGCUUACGAGACUACACAGAACUCGCUUAAUUUUGGUUUUAGAGUAAAAACAUCUAUUACAAAUUUAAAGAGAACAAUAUUUUGGAGAGCAAGACGAUGCGUUUUUUCAAUUUUCUCCGAAUAUAGCAGUUAAUUUACUGUUUAAAAACAAUUACUUUUUUAACUUUUUUUUUAAUUCCUUAACAAUUUUAAAAUAAAUAAAUUUUUCAAAAAAAGCAACAUUUUUCCCUUUGGAAUAUUUUUCUCUAUUAAUUUCAUAGUAGGUGCUUUGACUCUAAAACCAAAAGUAAGCGAUUUCUGUGUAAUCUGCGUAAGCAUGUUUUUAUUAUAUCUUGUGUUUGUAAGACAGAAACAACAAAUGCAUGUGUAACGUCCUCUUAAACACCUAGGGAUUCGCGAGUCGGAUCUUCACACAAAUAAUAUUACAUUAUUCUACAUCACUACCCAAACUUAAAAGUAAAAUACCGCGUCAACGGGUUGAAUGGAAGUUAAAAAUGUUAACACAAUAAUAAAAAAAAAAAAAAAAAUUUAAUAUUUUCCAAGAUAAUGAGUGUCUUAAAGAAUUGAUCGCUGUAUAAUAUUAUGCUUAAACUUAUAUAGGUUACUGUAUCAAUUUAUCAGAAAGCAAAAUUAUAAAAAAUGAAAAAAAUUUUAAAGGGUACCCUGUAAUGUUUUCUAAGUGUCAACAACUGUUAAUAUUUUAAUUUUUUUUUCAAUAGAAUUUUCUUUUAAUGAGACCGGUAUUCAAUUGUUCUUUAACCAAAACAUGGUUCCAAAAAAAUUAGUAAAAAUGCAAAUAUUAUCAAGUUAUUAACACUUGAAAAACAUUGCAAGACACUGAUGAAUGCAAAUCUAAUAGCGAACCAAUUUAUACGGUUAUAAAAACCGAAUGCAUAAAAAUGUCUGUAUACAAUUGAAUAAGAGUUUAAAUUAGAUUUUUUUUUUUUUUUUUAAUGAAAUGUUAUAAAGAGGACCUCAUGAUACAAUUUUCAUUAACUUUGUCGGUUACGGUGAUCAUGGAACACUGGCUCUCCCCUACGAUCUCUUAUACGCCGAUGAACUAAACAAUGCUCUUAGUGAAAUGUACGCAAACGGAAAAUACUCAAAAGUAAUUAUUUCUUUUACGAUAUUCGAAUACCAUUUAUAGUAUUUUACUGUAUAAUAUACAUAUUAAAUGUAUUUAUGUUCAGUGGCGAAAUUAAACUAAAAUAACCCAAAAGCAACCUAUAAUCUAUACCCAGUGCCGCAGUGCUCGAAUAGGGAGGACGCGGAGGGAAUGAGUACCUCAACUAAUUUUUAAGAAAUGGUAGCAUACCUCUACUAUUUUUUUCAAGAUAUUAUUUAAAAAUAUCAAGACAAUAUAUGCUUUUUCAAUUUUGAAAAUUCAUGAGAAACUAAAUAACAGACUUGUAAAUAAAUAUUGUGAUUGUAAAAUAAAUAUUAUAAUAGCAGCUAGUUAUAAACUUUCGCCAUAACCAUAGAAUUAUAACCCUAGGAUCAUAACCGGCAUGUGAUAACAUUUAUAACCAAGGUUCUUAAUAAAUUCUGAGUGUAGCAUAUUGGUUUUACAAAGGGGUUUAUUAUUUUUUAUUUUUUUAUACUGUAUACAAAAAUUCUACCAGAAAUUUUGCCCCGAUGUAUACGAUGUCGACCCUUUUCUGAAAGGAAAUUUUCUUGGGGUGGUACUUUAGAGAGGUCAUUUUUUGGGAAAAGAAAUGCAUUAACCCCGAAGCAUAAAUCUUCAUUAUUAUUUAUACAACGUGUUGGUCUACCCACUAAUAGUUUCAUACCAAUUAUAUGUAAAAUCUUGGAUAAUUAGUGGUAAGUGACACGCAGAAUAAACUUGUUAUCCAAAAAUAGUUAAAUUAAAAGAUGAAAAACGGUACACUACAAUAAUUUAUGGAACUAUUUAAAUAAAUAAUUAUUAAUAAAUGUAUAUUUUUUAUUUAUUCAUUUUUUUUUCUUGAAAUUUGGAAUAAAGUAGGCAUUACCACCAUUAAUGAAAGAAGGUGUAAGGGGUAUGUGGGGGGAAUAGCCCCCGACGUUACAACGAGGUAUAAAAAGUGACGGGGACGCUAAUUUUGUAAAGUAAACAGAGUACCCCUUCUUAAAUUUUCCCAAUUCUAGCACUGCGUUACCAUGUGUCUAAUGUUGCAUUAAGUUUUGGGUCGAUAUAUUAUAAUAUUCCCAAUAUAAUCCAAAUAUGUUCAACUAUUUUUACUAAAUUAGUAGUAAAAGAGUACUUAUUUUUAAUUGCUUUCAUAUUGAGCAGCUAUCCAUUCAUUAUUUUAAAAAAAAAUUCGAAAAAUAACUCCUUUUCAACAAUCGCGUUUGUUUCGCCAAUGUUUAUGUUUAAUGAUAUAUUAUUCUAUAUUCUCUAAAUUAUUACUAAUACCUAAUCUACCUAGAUGUUGAUGUACGUUGAAGCUCCCAAGGCUGGUUCUAUGUUUGAUGGAAUACUUAACGGGGAUAUGGGCGGUAAGACGUAUAGAUAUACUUAUAAUAUCAUGACUAUCGUGUUGAAUGUUGAUUAAAUAAUAUAUAUCUAUUAAUUCAUUUAAAAUUACACAUAAUAAGACUUUAAAAUUAGUUUUAAAUGUUAAUUCAAAAAAGUAAAAUAAAUUACACUACAUAAUUUAUUCCUUACAUUUUCUAUUUGUAUUAAUUUCAUUUAAAUAUCCAAAUGAAUGAUUAAUAUGUUUCAUUUAAUUUAUAUUACCUUAUUAAAUUUAAAAAUGUAUUUAUUUACAGCUUUAGCAAUAACUGCUACUGGGCCAUAUGGUAAGACAACUGCAUGUUAUUACGUUGGGUAUAAAAGUCAUAAAUUAUACUUAGGAGAUGUAUUUAGUGUCACAUGGAUGGAAAACUUAGACGAGGUAUGAUAAAUAAUAUCAUGUUAAAUUCGAUGACAUGGUUAUCAAUUUAUUAUUAAUUAUAACUACAGGGAUCUAUGAGUCCGCACCACAGGAGCAUCCAUACCAAAAACGCUAAUAAGUAAAAAUUUCAAUCGGAAUUAAAUAUGUUCCUGUACCCGUGGUAGGGCCCGCGCCAUAGACUAGCCAAAGAGCCAAUAUAUCCUUAAUAAGCCACUAGUUAACUACAUUAUAGCUCAAGACUUCUCGAAUUUACAUGGGUAUUUUUUUUUAUAAUGCCUUUCAAAAUAGUUUAAGUAGGACACAAAUUCUGCACUUUAUGAAGUUACCAACUAAAUUAUAAAAAUUAUUUUAUUAAUUUUUUUAAUUCAGUUAUAUAUAUUAAUUUAUAUAAUAGAACCUGAUUAAUAAUAUUUAUUGUAAAUGUGAAUUAUAGUAACUUUAAUAUAAUUUGUUUAUAUUUUUUUAGUUAUUACUUAAUCUUAAGAUACUACCAAAGUGUUCAUUAUUUAUGAAUUUGGAUACUUAUGUCCGUUAAUAAAUAAAUAAACAAAUAUAUUUAGAUAACGUGUUACAAAAUAACCCCCAAAUUAAAUUAUUUAUUACCUAUACGAAAUUUUUUACACUUUUUCGAUUAAUCAACUUCAACAAUGGACAAUUAAUUGACUAAGUAGGUGUUUAAUAAACAAUUUUUUUAAUUAUUAUUUAACGUAGGCAAUUUAAAUUUAUUACAAAAUCAUGGUUUUUAUUUUAAAUUAAAAAAAAAGUGAUAUGUUUGCUGUUAACCCUAUCUAUAACUAAUUUUUUAAAUAUAUCACCAUGAAGCUGUUUUUGAAUAUUGUGGCUUUAGCCCAGCGCCGGAAAUUCCUAGACUUUCUUAACUUUCUAGUCCAGAUAAAGUUAUAAAAAACAAAUGUUUAAUUUCAGAAAUAAAACUAUGUUCCAUAUACUGCAUUUAUUAAAUAGGAGCUAAUUUUCCCUAGGGUGCCCAUUAUACCCAACUUUCCUCUAAAUAUAAUAUAUAUACGCUAAACUUUCCCAACCCGUGGGUUCUAUUCGAUUUUAACCAUAGCAGACAUUUGUUUUGUUUCACAGACAUCGGCCGAUUUCUCUACUGUAGACCGAACUAUUUUCAACUAUUUCAGCUAUGUCAGAAACCAUGUCACUACAAGCGACGUUAUGAUUUAUGGUGACUAUCACGUCGGAACUGAAUCGCUGUCUACGUUUAUUGGCUAUCAGAAAACCCCCGCGGUAUCGAAACAUAAUGAAAAAUUGGUAAUACACAUAAAUUAAUACUUAAAAAUGAACCAAUAAGUAACAUACUAAGUAGAUAUACACACUUAUGAGGCUUUUACACAGUUUUUUUUUUUCUGUUGUAGAACUCAAAAAUAUUCAGUCACAAUGCCAACAAAAAAAUGACUGCUCGAGAAAUAGAAAAAUUUGAAAUAAAACGACGCCAGAAUGACCAAGUACCUAUAUUAUAACUAUUAAAAAUAAAUGAAAAAACUAAUAUACAAUAACAGUAUGUGAACUAUAUUUUAUUGGUAGUAUAUUAUUAUUUAUUUUAGAUGAGGUUGGUCAUCGAUGGAGCGUUAAAAUAUAUUUACUCGGAGGUCGUGACGAAAAGACCAGAACUCAAACAAAUUGUCGGCGAAUACGGCGAACCACACUACAAUCGUCCCACGUUAAACAUUUUUCCGUGUUACAGGAGUAUUGUCGAUCAAAUUUCCGAUACGUGCUUCUCCGUGCCACGAGUACGUACAUGUAUACACGAUUUUCUUUAAUGCUGGAUAAUAUAUCUGGUAUCAGAUAUAUUCUGUAAGUAAAUACAAAAUAUUAAUCUAACAUCGCUUAAACCUAAUUGUGGAUAUAGCGUCAGGCAAUGUAGGCAGUUGCCUAGGGCAGCAAAUUUUUAGAAACGGCAAUUUUACGCCAAUAUUUUAUUGAAAAUACUGGUUUUUUUUUAGAUUUUCUGAGGUAAUUUUUAAUAUUUACAAUUGAAGAAAACUACCUAACUAUAAUUUAUAGUGAUACAUUUUCAUAAUCCGAAAGUUAAUUUAAUUCUAUUCAUAUUUAUCAAGUGAUGGUUACUACACAAUAUGUGUACAAAAAUACGACUUUUUUCUAUUCGAAAGAUAAAAUUAUAACAUUUUUCUUCAAAACUAUGAAAUGGAGGGCGGCCGAGUUAAUAUAGGUAUUAUCCAUAUGUUUAUUCUGACAAGACAUUCGAUUAUUUUCAACACAACUUUUAAGGCGGAUAAGCUUAAUAUUCGGAUAUUAGUGAUGGGUAAACAUUAUAUUUUAUAAACAAUAUUUGUUUAUUGAUUAGAAAAUUAAUUAGAACAGUUUAUAUGAUUUAUUUUUUUUUAGUAGUUAUGUUAAAUAAGUACAUAAAAAUUCAUUUUCCUGUUAAUAAGUUCAAAGGGCGACAAAAUAAAAUUUGCCUACGGGCGGCAAUUGUGUAAAUCCGUCUCUACUUAAACCAUAUCCUAUAUAGUAGGGGUGGCCAAACUUUUAUUAAUAAAGAUCUACUGAGAAUAUAUUUUUUCCUUUAAGGGUCGACUUUCUAACAAGUAAUUUAUAAACAUUUUUUUUUUUUUGGGGGGGGGGAUCAGUCUUUAAGACCAUUCCGUACAACGAGUUCUUCUAUACCACUCUUUGUCCUCAGCUAUUUUUCUCCAGUUGGCUCUUGGAUCUAUUGUUAUAAUGUAUAUCUUCAAACAGUUUUCCCAUGAAUAAUUAUAAAUUACCUCCUAAUAGGUAUUAAUAAUAAACAUAAGUCACACAUAUAUUUAAAAAUAAUAAAAUUAAAAUGCAUAGUUAAAUAAUGUUUUUCAUCACAGACUGAUAAUGUAUGUUAAAUAUAUCGGAAUAAAUUAUGUUAAAUUGUGUGACUUGAUAAAUUGACAAUAAAAUAUAAAAAUCGUCAGCAAUUAUUGUGGUUUAUCUAUUAAUUAUAUAAAAAUAAUUUCUAACAAAAGGAAAUCGACCUUUAAAUCAUCCGCGAUUGACCAUUUAGCCACCCCUGGGUAACCUAUAGGCUAUAAUAUACCUAUAGAUGCUUUCAAAAAAACGGACAUACUUUGCACAUGGAUGGGCUACUGCUAUAGGUAAGAAGUUCGGAAGGUAAAGAGAAAAUUGAAUGUACAUAUGUACACAACGAUUAACCACUGUUAACGAAAAACUAUUCUGAGCGGAGUUCGGUAAAUAGUAUUGUUUUGUCAACAAUAUGUCAUAUUAUAAUAAAAUAAUUACAUAUUAUGCAUUAUAUAUUUUCUUUAAUAAUACUUAUUUGUUUAAUAUUGUACCUAUUUUCCCUUUUUUCCUGGGUUUUCCCAUGUUUUUCCCGAUUUUUCCCAUUUAUUAUGAAAACAGGUGGGAAAAUAAAAAAUCUAAUUCCUCUAAGUAUUUCUUCGAUCAUAUUUUUUUUCAGAAAUGUGUUAUACUCGUAAAUCGGAGCAAAACUUUUGGUAGGAAAAUUGUUCACAGAUUAAAAAAUAAACAUCAUUGUAAAAUCAAUAUAUUCCUCGUUCCGCUUAGAAUCUAAAAAAAAUAUAAAAACUUAGUGGUAAACUAUGUAAAACAAAAGCAUUUAAAUUUUAACUAAUAAUGUUUGACAUGUUACAUCGCUAUAUUAUUUGCAAUCGAGAUAACUGCAGAUAACCAAGAUAACUGCAAUCGGAAGCAGGAACUAUUUUUUAUAUGGGGAGAUAAAAAUAUAGAUGCUGUAACUAUCUACAGUUAUGUUAUCAAUAUUUCCUGAGGUCCGUCUUAAGACCCCCACCCAUGGACGUAUGCCCCUGAUGUCAAAACACUUACUAACUUUAGCCAUUCAUUUUAGUCGUAAAAUAGGUAAUUUUUUUAAGUAAAAUGUUUAAUAGAUCAAAUAGGUACCUACAAAAAUAGAUACUAUUCAGAUAAUAUUCAAGGUUAAUAUCAUUGGAUAUUUUUGUGUAGAUAAUAUUCCAUUUAACGUUGUGUAACUAAAUAUGUCAAAAAACAUACAUUGUUUUUUAUUUACGUUUUUGAAGAUAAAAUAUGUAAAAAUAUGCAUUUUAUUCAAAAUAUGCAUAAUUAUACGAAAUAAAAAUUGUACCAUAUAUAUUAGAAUAAUACAUGGAUAUUUCUCACUAAAACUCCAUUUGGACGUAACAAAAUAAAAAUAUACUGUUGCAUAUAAAUCUAAAGCCUAAUUAUAUCUAAGUAUAGGUAGGUGUUACAUAAGUUACAUUUAUUUAAAAAAAGAACAAUAUUGUAAAAUACAAAUGUUUUAUUGUAUACCUUCGAUAAUGAGUUCAACAUUUCAAAACGCCGUGUCCCUGCAGAAAUUCUUGAAACUUCUCUGAAGUCAAUUCUAUAAUAAUUGGCGACUUGUAUUUAAUAAAUGGUGUUUGGUUUCUACAAUCAUUUUGAAGAAUAUCAACGAAAACCAAUCUAAUUUUUUUUCAAUCUAAUUGAAUUAUUACGUAAUAAUUACUUGUAAAUUUGUUUUAAAAUAAAUUUUAAUGUAUUUGAAUUGAUCAAUUUUUAUUUUUCGAAAACUUGCACGUAACUCCUGAAAUAAUUGUUAUGCGACGUCCUCGUCAUUGUCGUUGUCUAGAUGGUGCCAUAACCUAAUCUUGCCCGGCGUUUAAACUUGAUCUUAAAAAUUCGCCUAAAUCGUUUAUUCUUUAAAUAUGUGUACAAAUUCAAGUAAAUUUAGUGAAAAACAAAUCAAUUUUAUUCGUAUGUACCUUUAUCAGAGUUAUGUAUGCUAAAUGGGUUUUCCAUUAUAAUAAGAGAUUAAUUAAUAUUUUAAUCUUGAUUUAUUUUGUAUUUAUUACAGAACCCAUACGUGUUAAAUCAAUUGAAGAUUUUUGCCAACUUGUGUGUCGCUGACAAUCAAAUUCAUCAUAUGGUUCGGAAUUUAAUUAGCGAAUCGUGUGCGAACAUUUCAAAAGAUAUACUAAAUGUAUUUUGAAAUCAUGUUGAAAUCAAGUUGAAAACGUUGUUUUUGACUAAAAAAACAUGGUCAUAGUUAUAUUUAAUAUUUAUACAAAAUAAUAUUUAAUUCUUCUUAAUUUCAUUAUAAUCCUAUAAUGGGGGGGGGGGAGAGGCAGCUGCUCUUAUUUUCGUCCUCCACAUCUCCCUGGCCAUCACUAUAACUUCAUCUAUUCCACAUACUAUGAAGUAAUUUGUACUAUUAUAAUCUUAUUAGAUCAACUGAUGACUCGAUAUUAUACCUAUAGUAUAAUUAUUAUUUUGUUGUAAUUUAUUAAGCUUGUAGUUUAUUGUCUUGCCUAGCUAUUUUAAAAAUAAUUAAAAGUUUUAAAAAUAAUCCAAUCGCCUAUAUUUAUACUGUAUUUAUAUCGUUUUGUAACGUUUUCCUACUAAUAUUAUAUAUAACCUUAUAAUUGCUAUACAUUAUAUUUUGGGUGAGUGUUCCCAGUAAUUGGGAUUUAGGAUAGUCGAAUAGGGAUCGCGGUGAAUUGAUCGCGAACAGUUGAUCGCGGUCACAAAUUGGUCGCCGUAAAAAAUUCGCGUAAAUAAUCGGAACUAUAAGACUUAGAAUUUGUGAAGAUUUUUUUCCAGUUUCUACUAAAAUACUAAUACUAUAAUAAUACAAUAAUAAUUUAUUAUUACUAAUAAAAUUAAAUAAUUUAUUGUUAUACAUUUAAUAAACAUGUUUUAAUAACUUAUACACAAUUUGAAUAGUUUAUCAAGAAUGGCAUUCUAAAAUUAAUCGGAUUCUUACAGUAGAGAUAUAAUUGAUUUGUUCAAAAGAAAUAGCCCAUAACUUUCAACUACAGCGGUAAACAAUUUUUGUAUUUUAUUUUUAUUUUUAUAUAUUUUUGACUUUUUUAUAUUAUACUUUUUAUUAUUAUUAUUAUUAUUAUUUUUUGUAAUAAUUGUUGGUAAUUUUAUUUAAUAACUGUGUAGUAUAAAUCAGAGAAGUCUAUAUAAAUAAAUACCUACAAAUUCAUUUUUUUCUCGAGUCCAAUUUAACUGGUGACCAAUUUUCAGUCACGAUCAAUUCAAAUACCAGAUACCGUCGAAUAAAAUGGGUAUAAACAUAAAAGUUAGAAAUUUGUAGGGGUUGGAAAGUAUAUAAUUAUAUGAGUAAAAGUGUUUGAGGUGAAUGGUGGUUUUGAAUUUUAAAUUCUGCUUUACCAUAAAAACAUAGUUUGGGUGCCAUUGGAUUUUUAGAUAUAAAGUUAGAUGAACUAAUCGAAAUAAUAAUACAUAUUAGAUCUAAAAUCCAUACAAUCUUAUGUACUAUUCUUAUAUACUAUGUAUUAUUCAAUUAUUUUUUUUAAAGUUUCAUCGGUUAUUAAAACUAAAAUUAAUUAUCUACCGAUUUACUAUAUAAUACAUCGUAAAUGUGUGCUGAAUUUGGCCACUUUUAACACUUUACCUUAAAUAAAUCUUUCGUUUUUUAUCAUAGAAAUUGUAUUAUUUUUUUUUUUUUUUUGUAUACAUUUUAAAGGGUAAUCAACUUUAUCAGUUAUUUUUAAAAGUUUAGACAUAAGAAGAAUUUGUUUGAAAUUUGUAUGCAAUGUUUGAUUAUGCUAUGCUUUAAUUCACUUGAAAGAUAAACUUAGGCCAAUUUGAACUUCUAAAAAAUGUUCUGAUAAAAAAAAAUGUACAACCGGUAAAAUAUGAUAAAAUAUAACAGAAAACUGGCCAAGUGCGUUACACUCAAGAUAUCGGAACUCAUUUUAUCUAUACAACUUUUAUCAAGAAUAUUGUUCAUAAAUUAAAUAUAAGUAUGAAUACCUACCAAACACAUUCGAGAUGUAGACAAUUUUUUUUUUUAUGUAGAUAGGUAUAGGUGGUACCUACCUUUAUGGUUCUGAAAAACAACCUACACAACAUAGAUAGAUAAAGAUAUAAUAGUCAAUAGAAAAUAUCAAAUAAUAUAAACACGAUUAAACACCGCUCUUGAAAAAUUAAAACAUUCUAUAGUUUAAAAAUACGAAUUACACAGCAUAGUCGGUAUAUAUAUACAGAGUAUCUUAUAGUGUUAUAUACAUCGGUUAAUAACUCUGUCAAUAUUAAUUUUUUCAUACAUUUUUUUUUAUUCGAUCGGGUUUCGUGAGAGGGAAACACGUAGAGAAAAAUUUAAUUUUUAUUUUCAUCCCUUUCAUCAUUUUAAUUUUAAAAUGACGGACAUACUUCGCACGUAGGUGCAGCCAUUGUUUUAGAUGGGAAGUUUCAAGUUGGGAAGGUUGAAUACAUACGGGAAUUUAAUGAAUAUUUGUAAGCAAUGAUAAACCAUUCCUUACGAAAAAACGAUUCUGAGCUGAGUUCAGUUGAUAGUGUUGCUUUGUCAAUAAUAUAUAUGACAUACUAGCUGUCCCGCGCCCGGCGUUGCCCGUGCCAAUUUGUAUUAUUAUUAUUUUACCCAUAUUUUUUUUUGAUUUUGGCCAUGUCAGAAUUAAAUGUAAACAAAUAGGUGAAAAGUGGGUAGUCCAUCUUCGGUGGACGAAAUGUGUUCUAUUGUGAAAUUUUAGUACGGUAAAUAAUAGUAAUAAUAAUAAUUGUAAUAGUUUUUUUUUUCCGUAAUACCAAGGUAACCUUUGAAUAAACAAAAAUAAAUAAAUAAGCAACUAGAUAUGCAUACCAAAUAUAUCUAAAAAUCCCUAUUUUACCCUCUUAGAGGUUGAAUUUUCAAAAAUAGCUAUUUAUUUGCCAAAAUUUCAGCCCGAACCAUCCAGUGGUUUGGACUAGGCGAUGAUGAAUCAGUCAGUCAGAACAUGUUAUUUUAUAUAUAGAGAGAUUAUAAUAAAAUGGUUACAACUAUGUGCGUUUCCAUGACAACAAUGAUUGUUUGAAAAAGAUUAAAAUAAUAGAAACUUAAUAAUAACGAAAAAUAAAUAAAAACGGUUGCCAAUGCUAACCUUAUUUUUAAUCUUUUUAACUUAAAGAACCAGAUUUUCCUCAUUAUCACGAAUAUUAAUGAGAAUUUCAAAAUAUUUUUAGUGUACCACUCAGAGAACAUUUAUCUUUAUCAUUUACUUUUCAGAAAAUAUGCUAUACUUAAUAAUCGGAGUAAGCAUUCUGCUAGAAAGUGAUCACAUAAAAAAAAAUAACAUCUGUAAAACCAAUACAUUCUUCGCUAAACACAGAAUUUAAAAGUGAAAAAAUAAAAAAUUGUUUUCAGUGAUUGAGGGGUGAAAAUAAAAAUUUAAUUUGUCUCUACACAUGUGUCCUCCUCUCAUAAAAUUCGAUCAAAAAAACAAUUUAGAAAAUAACGAACAUUGAUAGAGUUGAUGGAUAAUACUGUAGGACACUCUGUAUAUUAUUAUGAUAGUACCUAUAGUGUAUUAGUAUAGUAUAUACCUACUCAAAUGCUGAAUACCCACUCAAAAAAAUAAUAAUUUUGAAGCAUAUCAAAUUUCAACAUAAUAAUAAUAUUAUACUAUGAUAAUCAGUAAAAUCAGUUCAAAUUUUUAUCAACAACUGCAAUAAGUGGAUUGCUCGUGAGAAUUGUAUUCGUCAUACACUCAUACCUAUAUUCUAUCUAAUUAUAUAUAAACGUAUUUAAUAUUUUUAUUGAGUAUGUUUAAAUCACUGAACAUUUCAUCCGCAGAACUCAAUAUUAACACUUAUUUAUAAUAAUUUAUUACAACAGAAUAAAACGUCGUUACGAUGGGUAAGUUUUUGUCCUAUUAUUACUGAGCGUAGAUAUUUUUAAUAAUCAUAAAUAAAUUAUACAAUAAUGUAGAUAAUAUUAUAAUAUUAAUUAUUAUAGUAUACAUACCUAUUAGGUCUCGGCUCAUCGCUACCUACUUCUUAUUUAAUGUAAAUUUAUAUCCGCUCAAAUUAAUUUUCGGUCUGAGGGCACGUUUUAGUAAUUGUUACUGAAGUGUGCAAAUUGAGAAUAUAUUGUAAGUUUCCUACAUAUUAUUUAAAAUACCUACCUAUUAAUUAGGUAGACAUUAAAUGAACGAGAUGUCAACAAACUGUUUAAAACCUAAACUAAUCCACCUAAUUUGUGAUACUUACAGACAUCUAUUGAUAAUAAAUAUAACAUGUAGUGCACGAUAUUCAGGUGGAUAAUAUUAUUAUCUAUUGUUAUUUUAUAUGAAUACUUUUUACUACUGUUUAAAUUGACAACCAGGUUACUUAGCGAUUAUUUUUGAUUCUAGGCGUACUUUUUUGUAGUAUUAUUGUUAUAUUUGUUGUAUUAUGUUUUCUAUCUAUAAACAACACUUUUACCAAAAAUCUUGCUCCGAUAAUCUACUGUAGGGGUAGUUUCCUGUAGAAAAUGUUAUCUAUUUGGUUAGGGGGUAGAAAGUCAUUUUUUGAUUUACCUUGUAAAGUUUUCUAAAUAAUUUACGCAAAAUCGAUUAACGUUAUUUUUUUUUUUUUUUUUGUAAUUCAGUUUAAAAAUAAUUAUUGUGGAGAUCUAAAAUUUUCACCGAACAUUUAUAAUGGGUUUUAGAUUGUAAUAAAUAUAGAUUGUGAAAAAUCGGGAGUGCUAACAAAUAAUAUAGCAUAAUAUUUAAUUUUCUUAAUGUUUUCAAGAAUAUUAUUUUUAACACUCUUUUCUAUCAAAUCAAUAAAUUAAUUUUAUAUAGUUGGUGAGAAAUAACUAAUUUUAAAUUUCCCCCUAUUAUUUAGACUGAAUAGAUUUAAUGAAUAGAUGAGAUUGAAGAGCCACGUUCAAUUUGAACUACUGAUUCAGAUACAAUGAUAGUAGAAACUUUGGAUAAUUUUAUCUCAUCAUUAAUAUCAUUAGUAUAAGUUUAUGAAGGAACUACUGAACUUUUUUUUGAACUAGGUUCAAAAGCCAUUUAACUAAAGAUGCGGAUAAACUAUGAUUAUUGGAUUCUUUCAGUUUCCUUUGAUUCUCAAACCAGACAUCCGAAGGUUUUUUGGAAGUCAUUAUUUUAACUUGUAAAAAGAAUAAUUAAAAAAAGUGUGAGAUAUAAUCAGAUAUUGAUAAUAUAUUAUAGAUAAUGAGAAGGAAAUGAAAAUGUUUCAAAUUUGAGACUAUAUGCCGUUUCACAUUACUUCAACAUGGUACAAUAGGUUUAUAAUGUUUAUACCUAUGCAUAAUAUAAUUUAGAUGUAAAACUAAAAUAUUGAGAAAAUAAUAUCGAAUACAGAACAUUUUGUUUAGUUGAAUACUGCAUUAAAAACCAAUUUAUUAAUAGUAUAAUAAAAUUUAAAAGUGAUUUAUUAUUAAUAAAAUAAUAAAGUAAAAACAAAAUGACUAAAAAGGUUAACCGAAUUCCAACUUAAAAUCGUUUUUCGUUACGAGUAUUAACCCAUAAAUAAAUACAUAAAUAAAAAUAAAAUAAAUUAAUUAAUUAAUGUGUCGCCUGGAAUUUUAUACGAGUCGCGUUUUACAUUUUGACUGUAAUAUACCUGAUGAUGAAUUUUUAAUUCGAAACCGGUCGUGUAAUACACUUAUUAUAAUACUCUAGGCGACGCAUUGAUUCAUUUAUUUAUUAUUAUCAAUUACCUAUGUAACUCACGUGCGAGCGUAUAACGUGUCAAUAUAUAUAUAUAUAUAACUUGUAUAACUCGUAUAACGUCACAGACGGCCAAGAAACGGUUAUACAAUAUACGUUUAUAGUUUAAUGAUACAUUAAAAACCGAUUUAACAAUCGUACAAGCGUGCGAUAGUGUCAAUAGCAAUGACGAACAAGAACUGACGAUACGAUUACCCAAUUUUGCGACUAUUUGCAAUUCACACCCCUGGCCUAGGCACAGUUCGCCAUAGCCUUGCUAGGCCACUAGUAAGACUCUUUUGAGUUUGGUUGGUUAUAGGGAGCAGAAGUUAGAUGUAUAACUGGAUAAAAUAUAAAACUAAAUUAUUAAUAAUUAGUUAUAAACUGUUAUAGUUAGGUAAGUAGGUAGUUAAUUGUAUAUGCGUCUAUGUCUGAUAUGCCUAUCCAUAUAAAAUAAUAGAUGAUUGCUUUUUCUAAUACGUAAAAAUACAAAAUUAUUUUAAAAAUGUUAUUUUAAAAUUAUGGAUAGUUGUCAUCAAUAACCUCUCUCUCCCAAAAGUUAGUUAACACAUAUCACGAAAAAAAAGACAUACUUCGCACGAUUAUUGGGCUACUGCUAUAAGUGAGAAGUUAAAAAUGUAGGAUAUACAGCGGAAUUUAAAGUAUAACUGUACACAACGAUUAAUUUUUGCUAACGAAAAACGAUUUUAAGUUGAAAUUCGGUUAUAGAUGUUAUGAAAGACCGUAACAUUUACGACUCAACUUUUUCUUGUUGACCACUAAGUACAACUUAUAAUGAAUUUCCUAUCCAAUUUUCUAGCAUCUCUGUUUGGUCUGACAAUUUUAUCCACAAAGUACCCACUAAAUAAAAUUACGAAAAAAUUUGCAGAAUUUAAAUGUCUAUAAAUACCUCAAAAAUGGCUCAAAUAUUUUACUACAUCUAGAAAAGGCAAAUAUAAGUUUUCUGUCAAAAUUUUAAGUCCCUACGAACUUUUUAAAAUAAAUUAUAACAAAAAAACAAGAUUAAAAAUAAUAAAAGCAUUAUUUUAGUAAAUUUUCUGGUUUCUUACAUUUUUUCUCCGUUUUCCCCAAUUUUUAUGAAAACUGCUAGGAAAAUCAAAACUUUCCAUAAAGUACUAACUAGAUACAAUAUUCUUUCAGAAAAGAUGCCACUCUUAAUACAAGGAGUAAGAUUUCUGGUAGAAUUUGUGUACCAAUAAAGAAAAAUUAAAAAAUUGAAAAUAAACAUCAUUAUUGAACCAAUACAUUCCUUGCUCCGCUCAGAAUUUAAAAUAUAUAUCCUUCAAAUUCAUAUAAAUAUAAUUUACUUACUUAAGUGUGGCUGAUAAAAUCUUAUUUAAAGAUAUUCAGGUGCGUCAUUGGGGGGAAGUAUGCGUUUGCCUAACCUUAGAUUUUAAAGUAGCUUUGGGCCGGCUACCAAGUAUACAUGUACUUACUAUAGAGCCAUUACGGGUCAUAAUAUAACAUAGAUACAUAAUAUUAUUAUGAAAAGGCGAACAUGAUCUAUCACAGUGGUUUCCAACUUUUUUAGUUGUGCGGGCCACCAAUUUUGUAAAAAAAAACUUCGAGGCCGACUAAACUAAUAUGCAGGUAAAAAUAAAAAUACCUAUAUAUGCACGUAUGACUAAUAUAUAUGUAUAAUAUACAUACUGCACAUACGUCAGUAAUUAAGAAAAUGUAUCGUACAAUAAAAUUUUAAAAAUAACUUUUUUAUAAAAAAAAAAAUUUAUCACAACUAAUAAACAAAUAAUUAAGGUUAAAUUAAAAUCAAUGCGAUUUUCGACAUUAUUUUCUCCCACGAAAGAGUUGAUAUGGGAAUUAAAUUUAUCGCACCGUGCCCGUACUUCACACCAAACAUGACGAAAUAUUAUAAAAAUGACAAAAAUAUUCUAGAAUACUAGAUAAGAAAACGACUAACAAUAAAAUUGUAUUAUAGCAAUAAUUGUCUAAUUAUUAAUAAAUAUCGAUCAAAAUAUAGACAAUAAAAUUAUAAAUAAUUAUAAAUUAUAAUUAUAAAUCAUUAUAAUAAUAUAAAUAAUAUAGAAUUUGCCAACCCUUGGCUUAUGCCGUAUACCCAGUGUCUGAGGCCCAGGCCAAGGCCAAGGCCUACAAGUAGACCGCGGCCUAUGGGUUGGAAACCGUUAAUCUGUCAGGUAUUUACGAUGAAAUGAGUACAAAAUACUUUUUUUUUUAUAUAUUUUAAAAGUAUUAUGAAAGUUGAAAAAGAUACAUUUCCAUAUUUUUCUUUUUUAGCGUAAAGUUUAUUGAAAGUUAUAACAAUAAUCUUCAUUGUGUAAAACCAAGUAAAGAUUAUUUAUACUCAAAUAACUCAUAUGUUAACAAAAGCAGAUACAGUUUGUUUGAUGGAAAUUGUAAACAAGUAUUCAAUUAUAGUUGGUUGAUCGAAGGGAGCGUUUUUGUUUUUUUUCAAUAUGGAGUUUUAUUAUAUUGCUAUUAUAGUGACAUAUGCUUGUAAGACGUAGUAGAUAACUCAAGGAGAUAAGGAGAAGCUUUUUAAAUUUGAGAGGAAGAUGCUAAAAAAAAAGUACCACCCCAGUCAAAUUUCCUUUUAGAAAAAGUGCUUUAUUUAGAAAAGUUGAUCACAGGAAAAAAAAAUAAACAUCAUUGUAAAGCCAAUACAUUCCUCGCUCCACUUAAAAUCUAAAAUGGUAGACAGAACGGCCAAAUUCAAAAGUCAAGACAACUAUUGAUUAGUUUUAUACUUUUUGGGCCGGUCAUUAUUAUGCCCUACCCAAGCAAAUAUUGAAAUGACACCCCUGAAGAUAUUCAAAAAAAAAAAAAAAAACAAUUAAUAGUUAGUAAAUUAAGAGGGUAUACUUAAUAAUAAAAUACCUUACACUGUUCUAUAUGUAUAUAAGAUGUAACCCAGUGUAGGAAUUAAUGUAAAACUGUUAUAUACUGUUAUUAUAUUGAUUACAAAAGUUCUGCGGAGUUAUACACUUAUACAUAUUAUGUUAUUUGAAAAUUAUAAAUAUUGGGCUGUAUAACAUUUUAAAUAAUUGAUUUAAAAAUAAUAAACCAAAGAAAGAUCAAUAAUAAUAAUAUAUUAUUGUGAGCAAAAUAGUAAUAACUAAAUUCUUCUAAAAUGUAAAUGUUCCUAUUAUGUGUAUAAUGUCAACAUUCUGAAAUACCUAUAAUAUUUUUAGUCAAAUGUGUAUAUGCAUAAUUAAAGUUAAUUUUGAAUUUUGAUGGUUUCAAAAAUUGUUAUCAGUUUUUUAUAACCUCCUACCCAAAAUCCUAAAUUCAACCAGUCUUUACUUUGUAUAUUAAAAGUACUUAGGAAAUACACUUCCUGUAAAUACUGAAAAAUAAUAAUCAACUCUCAACUGAAUCAAAAGCUUUGUCAAUUAGUUGAAGAAUAGGAUCCUAGUACCAUAUAAAAUAUCUCUAAAAUAAUAACAUUAUAUAUUGUAUGUUGUAAUAUUAAUUAUUAUUAUAUUCUUUGGUGUUGCAGGAAUUUUUAAUUUAGCAUUGUUAGUAUUAUUUGGUAUUGGAUCAUUCGCCAGAGAUACACCACUGAACGAGUUCGAAAUCGAUAAUUCUUUGGGUGAUUCUUUGUACAAAGGAAAACAAUGGGUAGUAUUGGUAGCGGGAACAAGUGGAUGGAAAAAAUAUAGGCAUCAGGUAUUAAAAUACCCACAGUAAUCCAAUUAUCAGUAAAUUAUAAUAUUUAAUAUUUGAGAAUCAUUAAAAAUAUAAAUUAAUACUUCCUAAUAAGCUUGUGUCAUUUGAUCAUAUUAUUUAUCACGAGAAAUUAAAUUAUAUUAGUAGUUUUCAAUUGUUUAGCAUAUGCCAUAUUAGCCCCUUGAGAUUUUAGUACUUACAACUUACUGAACAACGUAUAGGGGUUAUAGGCAGGUACUAUUUAUAUAAUAAAUAAUAUUAUACUUUACAAAGUUGGGGGAAAAAAAUUAUUAAUAUGAUAUAAAUUAUUAACAGAUACCAAAGUUGAUUUAGGAACCAGAUUAUUAUAUAUUAAUAUAAAUUAAUAUUAUUUAAUUUUAAAGUACUAGUAUUACUUAGAUUAAUUUUAACUACACAAAUAAAAACUUUUUAAUUUAAUUUAAUUUAACUUUUAAAUUACAUUUUGGUUUUUUUUUUUUUUUUUUUAAGGGGGGAAGUAGGAGUUGGAAAAGGAUUGAAAAAUAAUAUACAUAAUAUGAAUUUAAAAAUAAUAAUAAUUUUAACAAAACAUUAACUGAUAAAAUAGUUUAUAAGUAAUAACUUACUUUUAAAUAAUUAUUGUUUUGUUUAAAAAUGUAAUUUAUAUUAUAUUUUGUUAGGCGGAUAUAUGUCACGCAUACCAAAUUGUUAAAUCAAACGGAAUACCAGAAGAAAACAUUAUAACGAUGAUAGUAGAUGAUAUUGCACAUAAUAUAAGGUAAUGACUGUUUAUUAAUUAAAUUGAGUGACAAUAAUGAAUACACAAACAAUUUAUUAAAAAUUGUGUAAAUAUAUUAUAACUUUUUGAUGAUUUAAGUGAAAUGCAUUUUUAUUUUAUAAUUUGUUUAAACUUUACCAAAACAUGAAGUUAUUCGACUAAGUUUAAAAUUGUGCCACAAUCACUGCAAUGUUUAUCUAUUCCUUUAUAGUUAGUCAAAUAAUAUAAUUUAAUAUCAUUUAUAAACAAUAACUAUUGAAACUUGUUUUACACAAAUCAAGUUAAUAUAUUAUAGUAUAAAACUAUUUAUAGUAUGUUAAAUAUACAUAUUUAUUUAUAAUUUCAAUUACACUUAACUUGGUUCAUUAUUAUUGUUAUUCACUAACUUUAUAUAGAAUUUUUCUUUAAUACCUAUUUGAUUUUUGUCUGAGUUUUCAUUUUGUUUUUUAUAAAAGAAAUCCAAGGCGAGGAAAAAUAUUUAAUAAACCUCACAAGGCUUUCCGUGGUAAGGAUGUUUACCGAGGAGUUCAAAUAGACUACAGGGGAUCCGUAAGAUAUUUUGUAUUAUUAAAUAAAUUUAUACCUAUAAUUUUACAAUAGUAUUAGAUUAAACUAAUAUUUUUCAUAGAAGUAUUUAUUAUUUUCCAUUGCUACAUUAAAAUUGCAUUAAAAAUCACAAAUUUGAAUUUAUCAUUUUAAUAUUUUAACCUAUACAUGGUACUAAUUAAAUUAUAUUUUACUUUUACUAGGAUGUGAACAGUGAAAAUUUCUUAAAUAUCAUCACUGGAAAUAAAACAGGCAUGCAGAAUGUAGGAAGUGGAAAAGUCGUUGAAGGGUAUGAUAAAAUUAUAUAAAAUUAUGUUACAAGAUUCUAUUAUGUAUAACUGGAUCAAUUUGUCCAUAUAUACUGGACAUAAACUAUACAUAACAUAUACUAGAAGAGUAGGGAAAGGCAACAAAAUCAGUAUUUUUAAAUGAUAAAUUAAUAACUCAGUCUAUUUUUAAUACUGUUAUUACUCAUAAACUGUGAAUUUGAUAUCAAUGUUCUGAAUAUCAAAAUUUCUAGAGAAAUGUUGUCUAUUUGAAUCCGUGAUUGAAAAGGGGGAGGGUUGUUAUUUUAAAAUCCAUAAUAGAUUAUUACUUAGAGUAGGGAUAAAAAUUUAAAAUAAAACUUAACCAAUUUUACAAUAGUUAAACAGAAAUCAAAUUCAUUUAAAAACCUACCAAAAAUGAGUUGUUCAUUGUAAAAGAAUAUUACCAUAAUAAUUCCUAGGAAAUUAUGACAAUAUCUAAUAAGAAAAGGAAAUGAUAUCAUUAUCUAUUAAAUGUUAUAAUUUCCAAAGGAUAAUAAGUAAUUAUAUACAGAACACAGUAAAAAUACAUAUAAUAUAAGAGUACAUAUGUAAUUUUAUAUUAUUACCUUGAUAAAUAUUCAAUAUUUAACCAACUUUUUCGUUUUUUUCACAUGGCAAACUUUCGUGACAUUUUGAAUUCAUAGUUUUUUUUCUCGUUUUCUUUGGAUUUCAAAAUACACUAAAUAUCUUCUUCAAAUUUUAAAGAGAAAAUAUCAUCUAUCGACUAUCGUAAACCAAUUGAUCUUGCACCUAAACAAACUAGAAAGCGAUGGGUAAUAGCAUUGUCUAAUAAACUAAGUACCUACCUAAUCCUAAACAAUUAAAUCAUUUUCUUACCGCAUUUCCGGCAUGGGCGAUAUCUUGGGGGUGCAAUAAUAUCAUUUUGGAAUUUUACAUUCACUAAAUUUUCUAUAUUUCAAAAUUUCAAAUUUAAAAAUUUUUCCAAACUAUUAAAUAUUUAUUAAGUAACGAUAACGACGAUAAUAGAUAAUAAUUAUCACGUCCUCAUGAUACUCAUCGAUUUAUAGUUCUUUGAUUUUACGUAUGUGAUAGUAAACCGUCAUUUUUUCGUUGUGUACCUAUUAAUGUAAUGAUAAACAGAUCAUUGAUGUAUUGAUGUACCUAUGGAUAUUGCUAGUUGUUGCUUAGUUAGAAAAUGUAUAAGAUAUAUAUGAUACAAUAUUUUUCUGUUGCCAGCUGUUUUUUUCGACAUAUUAUAAUGCCAUCAUUUUGUAUUACGUGCAUUGCUGACUUUUUUUAUUUCAAAAUAUGAUUUGUCGACGUUAUUUGUAUUAUCUCCCUCCUUUAUUUUUACUACAGUGUUUUUUCAAAAACCAAAUGUUUUAGGUUUUAAAAUUCAACUAAGGACACUAAGGUUUAGGUUUGUAUGUGACGAAUUUUUUGUUUUUUUUUUUUACAAUUAGUAUUGCUACAAUUUCUUUAUUAUUUUUCUGGCAACUAGGUAGAUCCCUAAUCUUAAAUGGGGAUUGUGAUACCACAAAAUAGAAUAAUGGUGAUAUCACGUGAUCGCGAAAACUGUUGUUAUGAUAUCAAUGAUCAAUGAUCAUACAUCAACAAUAUGUAUUAUAAAUAAGUUUCAUAUGGAUUUUUGUUUUAUUUAUUUAGGUACUUUAUUAGUUUAUUACUUAAGUAUGUAUAUUUCAGAGUUUAUCAACCCGUGAAUUUUAGGGAAAUUACGCCUAUGAUUUAUAUAUACAGUAAUGAGUAAACCCUUGAUGGCUUGAUUAUCCAUUACUUCUUUAGUUACAUAAACUAAAUGAGUAAUUUUUUUUCAUGUUAUCUGUUAUACCAAAUCUGUACCUAAAAACAGAAUUUAAAAACAAUAAUAAUAAUACACUAUUUAAAAACAAAUUUGUUCGGGUUGAUAAUUUGUAGUGUUACAUAUUACAGUAAAUAAAACUGAAGGUUAUUUGUUUUUAUUUUUGUUUUCAUUAUAUAAAGGGGACCUCAUGAUACAAUUUUUGUUAACUUUGUCACACACGGUUCAACUGGUUUUUUGAGUUUCCCAGAUAGUUUCCUAUUUGCCGAUGAACUGAACAAUGCUUUUAACAAUAUGUAUACAAAUGGAAAUUUUGCAAAGGUAAAACAUGUAAAAAUAUGUAAACUGUACAUCUGAGAGGUGUAUGAGAUAUAGUUUUAUAAUUUGAAAAAAAAAUUAAUUAAAUUUAUUAUUUAAAGAUGUUAUUAUAUAUUGAAGCUAGUUAUGGUGGUUCCUUGUUCGAUGGAAUACUGAAUGAAAGAACAAAUAGUAAGUAUAAUAUUUAUAAGUCUAAUAAUAUAAUGUUUCUUUUUUAUAUAAAAAAAAAAAGACCUUAACUGUUCAGAAAAUAAAUAAAUACAAUUGUAUAAUUAUUUGACUAAAGCAGUAUUAUUUUUUAUUAAACUACUUAUUAUUAUAGUUAUGGCAGUGACUGCGUCUGGACCUAGAGAAAAUUCGUAUGCAUGCUACUAUGUAGGGUUUCCAUAUUAUACAUUCUUAGGAGAUGAUUUCAGUGUCACUUGGAUGGAAAACUCGGACAGUGUAUGGUUUAAUAUGUUUACAUAAUCUACUAUUAAUUAUUAAUAAUACAUCAAAUAUAGCAUGUUGUGGAAUUUUAUCGAAUUUGUACUCACUAUAUAGAUGUAUGGAGAUUUUUCUGCUGCAGACAUAACAGUUUUUGAGGAUUACAGUGUGGUCAGAGAAGCUAUUGAUGAUUCCAAUGUAAUGAUUUAUGGUGAUUAUCACAUUGGCAAUGAACCACUCUCUUCAUUUAUCGGUUAUCAAGAAAAUGACAGUCAAUCAACUAAAGCAAUUUCUAAAAAAGUAAAUCAUAUAAAAUAAUAAAUACUUACUACAACUUGUCAACAUUGUUAAAGUUCCUUUUAAAAAAUAAUUUGUUCCCGUUCCUAGUUCCUACUGCAAAAAAAGAACUUAUUCUCAUUCCUCAUUCCUUAAAAAGGAAGUUGUUCUUCUAAGCGUUCCUUUUUUUUUUUUAUAAAUACCUAAUGCAUACUAAAAUUAUCUUUUUAUAUUCUUAAUUUAAAAAUAAUAAUAUCACUAAAGAUUUUGCUUUGGAACUAUUCAAAUAUAUACAAUUAAUUUGAUAUUGAGGGAUUUCAUUUGUUACUUGUGUUGAUACUUUUUUGUAGAUACUUAGUUUUCCUAAAAAAAUAAGUGUAAUGUGAGUUAAUCAAGUUAAUUAAAAUUGGAAACUAUUCUUACUUCUUAGAAUUGACAUGUUUAAAAUCCUAAUAAAUUAAAUUAAAUGUAAAAAAAAAAAGAAUUACAAUAUUUUUGUUACUAUUCCUAAAAAUAAUGAAUAAAUUCAUGUUCCUAUUACUUCAAAAAAUAAUGGAAUUAAUUUCUUCAUUUGUUCCUCUAAAAAUGAAUCAAUUUGUUUAAUCGAAAGUAUUCCUUAAUAACACUGCAACUUGUACAGUCGUUUUUUUAUUGUAGUUUCAAUUGUAUUAUAAAUUCAGCAUACAUAUUAUUCUCACUGUUAUUAUUUUCUAUAGACUGUAAUGAGUGGGAUGUCCAGUAAGGACGUAGACGAAUACAGUGUACUAGAUCAAUUGACCAAUGACAAGUUAACUGCUAUAAAAAAAAGCGAAUUGGAAACUGAGUUGAGUAAAAAUAACAGAGUAAGUAACUACAUUAUUUUAAUAAAUUUAAUAAUAUGUAGAUUAAUUUGUUUCAGUUAUACAAUGUAUUAUUUUUUUUUUAAUUUCACAAUGUGGUGGGUACAAAUUGAUUUUUAAUUUUUAUAUUAACAAUAACAUAUUUUUUAGAUGCGAUCAAUCAUCAAUAAUAUAUUCAGAGACAUUUACUCCAAGGUUUUGACAGCAACACCUGAAAUCAAAGAAAUCGUUGGUGAAUAUGAUGCACCCCAUAACCAACAGCUUACAUUAAAAAUGUUCCCAUGCUACCGAAGUAUAAUCAACACUAUUUCUGACAGUUGCUUUUCUUUGACACAAGUAUGUACCUAUUGGCUUUGAUUAAUAAUCAAUUUUUGUUUCAUUUACCAACAUUUUUCAAUCUUCCAUUUGUUAACACAUUACAAUUUCACAGAACUCUAAUAAUUAAUAUACAGUCUUCUAAAAUGUUUUAGUAUUAAAAAUUGCAGGUGUUAAUAUUCUUACAACACAUCACAGUUUAUAUAAUAUAUUAUAUAUAUUGUUCUAAGUGAAUUAAAUAUUAAUUAUGUAUAUUAUUAUUGAUUAUAGAAUCCCUAUACAUUGGACCGUUUGAAUGUUUUUGCUAACUUGUGUGUUGCUGAUAACCAAAUCCAUGAACUGGUCAACAAUCUGGUCAAUGAAUCCUGUGCAAACAUUCCAAAAAAUAUAAUAAACGUAUUUUAA